AGAGAGAGCUGAGAUUAGUUUUCUUUGUAGCAGGAAAAUGGAGAGAAAACUAGCAUUUGUUGUUGUGGUCUUUUGCUGCUUUGCCAUCUCAGGCUGCAACUCAUUGCGAUUGGAGCAAUUCUCUGUCUACAAUCCCUCUCUGAAAGCGGAAACCUUUACUUUCUACAAACUGGGUCUUCAAUGGCCACAGUCAUUCUGUAGAUCUGAUGGUGUCAUUUGUGAUACUUCACCCACACAAUCCUACUUUACAAUCAAGAGCCUCUCCCCACAAUAUAAUCCUGACCAAGAAGUCCCUCCUUAUGCCACCAAUCAGACUCAGACUUGCACUGAUUCCACACCCACAUCUCCUAAAGAUAUUACGCUUGGUCUCUUGGGGCAAAUUCAACCAGAUAUGGCGCAAUAUUGGCCAGAUCUUAUAAACAGCCCACAGAAAAAUCUUGACCUCUGGCAGGACGAAUGGGCGAAGCAUGGGAUGUGUUCUUCAUAUCCGACAGACCCUGUAAAAUAUUUUAAGGUCGCCCUGGAUUUCAUAAAAGCCAACGAUCUCCGAGAUAGCCUUAGCGCUGUAGCUCAAAUCAUCCCAACAAAUAGUCGCACUUACAGUCGCUACGAUUUCUCAAACGCUAUUACAAGGGCGCUACAAGUGUUUCCUGAGAUUUAUUGCUCGACAGACGUGAGAGGACAAGUACAGUUGGAAGAGAUUCGCAUUUGCAUUGGAAUCAGUGGCACUCUCGCAGAUCUCAAAGAUUGUCCAACGCGAUUCAGAGGCUGCGAUUCCAAUGCACAAUUACAUUUCCCUGCUGCUCCAUGAGGGUUCACCAAGCAAUAGCAUCUCCAUCUCCGGCAUGCCUCCAUCUAUCUAUCUAUCUCUCUAUAUAUGAAAUAAUGCCUGCCUAUACGUGCGGCAGCUGGAUGCAUGCCAGGAGAAAGCCAUGUGUCUGCAUGUAGUUUAAGUUUAAGUAAACAACUUGUCAUAACGAUCGAGUUGGUUGUGUGUGUGUUGUAUGAUGGUCACAAGCUUCUACUAUGUUUUGUGGUAUAUUAAAUAAAAGUUAAAAAGGAGAUUGAAUCUCUCCUUUUUGUUAAAAA